UUUAGGAGAAAAUAGGUCACAUGCACUUCAUCCCAUGUCACAUGAUUCUCAUCCAGAGGCCAAUGAGGUUUUAGACCUCUAUGCAUUUGAACAAGAUAUCACUGUAAUUUCAUCCAUUCGCAUUUUUCAUCAUUUCUCAACGUGGAAAGAGUGACCAUCUGUUUGAGACCCACAUCACACUAAACCAUUUCCAAAGCUGCUUUUUUGAGGUGAUUCUCUCCCUUGGAGGUACUUCAUUUCCUCUGGUCUUCGGUUGCCCUGCUGCUUACCAUACCACAAUAGAUGAUGGAAUCUAAAGUCUCCGAAGGUGGCUUGAACGUGACUCUCACAAUUCGGUUGUUGAUGCAUGGGAAGGAAGUUGGAAGCAUCAUUGGGAAGAAAGGAGAAACGGUGAAAAAGAUGCGUGAGGAGAGUGGAGCACGAAUCAAUAUCUCAGAGGGAAAUUGUCCAGAGAGAAUCGUCACCAUUACAGGCCCAACUGAUGCCAUCUUCAAAGCUUUUGCCAUGAUUGCUUACAAAUUUGAGGAGGAUAUAAUCAACUCUAUGAGCAACAGCACAGCUACUAGUAAGCCACCUGUAACACUAAGGUUGGUUGUGCCAGCUAGCCAGUGUGGAUCACUGAUUGGCAAAGGAGGCUCCAAGAUUAAGGAAAUCAGGGAGUCAACAGGUGCUCAGGUGCAAGUAGCGGGGGACAUGCUGCCCAACUCCACAGAGAGGGCAGUCACCAUCUCAGGGACCCCCGAUGCCAUUAUCCAAUGUGUCAAACAGAUCUGUGUGGUGAUGCUGGAGGUACAGUCUGUAACAAUGGGGUCCCCACCAAAAGGUGCCACCAUUCCCUAUCGCCCAAAGCCCGCCUCCACCCCUGUCAUUUUUGCAGGUGGUCAGGUAAGAGCCGACCCGCUUGCGGCCUCCACUGCCAACCUCAGCCUUUUACUGCAGCACCAGCCGCUGCCCGCCUAUACAAUUCAGGGACAGUAUGCUAUUCCACACCCAGAUCAGUUGACCAAGCUCCACCAGUUGGCUAUGCAGCAAACCCCCUUUACUCCCCUUGGACAGACCACCCCCGCUUUCCCUGGAGAAAAGCUGCCCUUACAUUCCUCCGAAGAAGCUCAAAAUCUGAUGGGCCAAUCAUCAGGUUUGGAUGCCAGUCCCCCGGCCAGUACUCAUGAACUCACCAUUCCCAAUGAUCUAAUAGGCUGCAUAAUCGGACGCCAAGGGACCAAAAUCAAUGAAAUUAGACAGAUGUCUGGAGCACAGAUCAAAAUUGCCAAUGCCACAGAAGGUUCAUCAGAACGCCAAAUUACCAUCACCGGAACCCCAGCUAAUAUCAGCCUUGCUCAGUACCUCAUCAAUGCCAGGCUGACAUCUGAGGUUACUGGAAUGGGCGCACUCUAAGUUCUACCCAUCUCUGCAUCAACUGACCCUAUCAAGCCAAUGACACUUCUUUCAGCUUCGACAAACUGUAUAUUUAUUGCACACCCCUGAUCUACCUUGGAUAUUUUUCUUUAAUAACUAAUACAUGUAUAUAUGUAUGUGUGUAUGCAUGCGUAUGUGCAUUACACACAUACACAUAUGUACACAUGCAUGUAAUAAUAAGUUUCUUUAUGAGUUACAUUUUGUGCUCCUGGUUUUGUUACAUUUAUGCUCCAGACCAGUCUGUGUUUCAGAUGUACAGUGCUAAUUAUUUUAAAUAGGUUUUGCUGGGGUUUCCCUUGGUAAGACUUCAGAUGGAGGUUGUUCUCUUUAGUCUCUAUUUAGCUCUAUUUAGCUAAGAUAGCUAUCUUAGCAUUGUCAUUUUAAAAAAUGCAGCACCUGUAGUAGUUCUGAGAUCAGGCCUCAUCUAGAGCAGUAGUUGCUUUGAAAUAGUUAUUUUUCUCAAUUAUUCCAUUAUUCCUUCCAUUUUUGAACCUUGCUUGUCCUUGGCCUAUCCUUAAAAAGAUGUUUGAAUCUAUGUCCUUAGAAUGUGGCAUGGCUUCUCCCAUUUCAUGGUGGAACCAGAACAUGCAGGAGCCAAUGAGCAUCAAUAGGAGAUCCUCAUUGGUUCCCAUGUAGUCUAUGCUGCUUCCAAUGUGGCACAGCCAAAGUAAGCCAUUUUCAUUAUCAAGCAGAGAGCAAGGUAAAGAAACCUUUCAUUAAAUAUAGAAUUAUUUAAUAAAUGGAGAUAAUGAAAUUAAAUUCAAAGUGUGGCAGGAACUCAUGGAAGUAUACUGAAAACAGCUGCCCACAGACUUUUGGAUUUAGCUCAGGAAGCUCCAGUUUCUGUGAGCCUGC